AUGCUGCAUAACAAAAAACUUCCGGCUUCAAUCCAAUUAGGAAAAAUAACCUUACUUACAAGUUAUCUGGAUCAGAUUCGAAAUUCCAUGAGCAAACAAAUUAUUGUCACUACAGAUGGUGUAAAGGAAACGUGGCUUAGUGGCGACAGAACCGAAAGACCAAAACUGCAGUUGCCGCAUGCGAGGGCGUCCACAUAUCGAUCGAUCCCAGAGCAACAUAUACCCCACACCACAAUAUGUAUUGACGGUGGCGGUCCACGUCGACUCAACACCAAAACCCACUCGACAGCAUUUAAAGAAAUGGAACCUGACCGUGAUUAA